AUGCCGGCUGCGUUCCGGCAUACUGCCCCGCAAUAUCCGUGCUUGUCUGCAGAGGAAGCAGCAAGUCGCGCUGAUGAUCAUGGACGGAAACUGCACGAGCUGCGGUGGCUUUACUUGGACAGUGUCGGCCAGGAGUAUGGACCUUUGCCAGGUUGGACCAUGCAGGAGUGGCUGACAAUGGGCCGCUUCCCCGUGGGUCUCGAUCUUCGCGUUCGAUUGCCCGAGUGGGACAGGCAUCUCCCAUUGCGCCAGAUCUUUCCUGAUCUCUCGGCAGCAUUUCGAUUACCCCCAGCUUGGCCGGAGGCGUGCCAAGACAAGUCGGCAGCCUCUGGCGGUCUGGAAGUGGAGGAGCUUCGGAGAUCUAUCCGUGAGUCUGGACGCAUGAGUGGGCCAUUCCAAGCAUGCGCGAGCAGCUCUCCAGCGCUGCCGACUACCGUUCCCAACUCCUCCGUUUCCUUUGCCCCUGUGAGCACAAACGGGUCGGCAUCAAAGCCUCAUGCCGAGGCAGUAAACGGUGGCGCAAAGGCGCCCCGUCCGGAGAGGAACAAAAUCCCAGAGCAAGCAAGGGAUCCACUGCCACUGCCUCCACGUGAGUCGAUCUUGCUCGACAGGGAGGAGCUGCCACCAUUGCCCAAGGCCCAAUACGUGCUGGAAAGGCUGCUGGAAGAGGAGGAGCAGCAGUUGCGGCUGAAUGGCCAGACGAACGGCGCAAAGGACUCUGGCAGGCUAUUCCUUGAAAAGGUUGCCAGAGGCGCGCCCCACAAGGUCAACGGGACCAAUGGGACCAACGGGACCAACGGAAAGGUGGAGGCUGAUCGGCUGACCCGGACCAAUGGGAACGGAACCGCAGUUGCCAUGCUGCAGCACUAA